AUGUCAAUCACAAGAGGAAUAUGUCAAAUAGUUGCAGUUUCAUUGCUUUUGGGAUCAUUGCAUGUGUAUUCCUUGGAAUGUGAAGAUGAUCGCUGCAAAACUGGGUUGUGCAACAGCAAUGGUGCUUGCAUUUGCAACCUCCCUAAUUCUUCCACCAUCUUAGAGGGUGAUCGAUCUUUUCUCGGGGGUAAGUUUUGUGAUGAAGAAAUGAUCAUGUGUGAUGGGACAAACUCCUUCUGGUGUGAAAAUGGGGCAAAUUGCGAGGAGAUUGUUCAAGGAGAAAAGUACUACUGCAAAUGUCGCCGCGGAUUUGCUGGAGAACAUUGUGAGCAGUCUGGAGCACCCUGUGGUCAGACUUUCUGUUUCCAUAAUGCUGAAUGCUUGGCUGAAGCAGGUGAUGUUUGUCAGUGUCCACUUGAAUGGAAAGGCAGUGCUGAUUGCUCUCUUCCAACCACAUCAGCAGAUUUUUACUCAAAUUCAACUGGCACCGAAUUGCCCAAAGUAAGCAGCAGCAGUGACAGCAAUAGAACACUGGUUGUCUUGGCAGUUUCUUCAGUGGGAGCAGCUGCUGCUGGUGCCAUUUAUGGAAAGAAACUAUUCAGCAAGAAAAAGAAAGAUGCAAUUAAGUUCCAGCAAUUAUCUGAAAUGCAGGAUAUUUUAGAUGAUGAUGAAGAUGAUGAAAGCCACAACAUUGUACCUGAGAGGGUGCAUGGUGAUAUCUCACACAUUUAGUUGGCAAAUCCUUUUCAGCAUAUGAACAUUUUAGGAUUCGUAGCCCAA